AUGAGCCUCUCCUCUUCUGCAUGUCAUGUUAUUUACCAUGACGCUGAGUCACGAGGCUGGGACGGGGUAUUUGAAAAAAAGCAUUGCCAACAAAAGGCAAGUGCGCCCUGCAAGGCCUUGAAAGGCCACGGUCAAAAUCGUACCCAGCACAUCCUAGAUGCUGAGUACUAUACAGGUAGUCUCUCAUCCAUGGCGGUUCCCGUCAUUCAUCUUCUAACCUCAUUCUCCCCAUUCUCUCUGUUCCACGCUUGUUCCUCUCAAGACCCUAGCGCUCAGGUCUUUCUCACGUGCCACCUCUUUUCCGCUCGUCCUCAUCUGUACUAUGGAGCGCAAAAUACCACUUCUUGCGUGUCUGCAUAG